AUGGCGCAGGUGGGGAAGUUUAAGUACUUCUGGGUCGUGUUUACUGGUGAAGGAAAGUUGGAGGAAGAGAUCGGCCGAUCGAUUGGAGUAGCCAGUGGCGUUUUGCGUGUACUAGCCCGAACGGUUGUGACUAAAGCAGAGCUGAAUUUGAAAACUAAACUCUCGGUGUUCAAGUUGAUCUUCUUGCUAAUACCUAUCUACGGUCAUAAGUUGUGGAUCAGUGCCAGUGCUGAAAGGUUUCGACUUAACGCAUUUACUCCGCCGCAGAACCUGUUAUCAAUAUGUAGUGAUUGGAGAGCCCGUAGCAACAGGACGUCGAUCACAGAUGAUUGCAGGCAGACCCAUAGAUUGUUGCCUUGGGAUCUGGUAAUAGGCUUUGCACAGGUCUACGAAGCACGUGUACACCGGAUGUGCAAACUCGCACGAUUUCUUAACAAUCUGGCGUAG